AUGCUGAUAUCCACACAUCUCAGCUCCUGGCGUGACUAUCUUGAGUACCACGAGGCUAAGCUUCUUCAUCUAGUGAGUCCUCCCGUCGAUAAUAAGAAUAUUUUGAAAUAUCCACUGACCGAUACAAAGGAUAUGAAGCCAGCCUGCACGUCGCUUACACAGUCCUUGGUUACAUUCGAAACUCUGAAAGAAGUCCGUGCGAUUGAGAAGAACAUCUUGCCGCUAGAGCCCAUCCUAGCAUCAUUCGAAAGGUUGACGAGAGAUCUCGAAGAAGCCAACAAUGUCUUCUCUGGAGCGAGCAAAGGAAGAGAUGACACUGCCGUAGUCAUAAGAGCGGCACUCACCCAGUUUCGCAAGGAUGCCACAUCAUACAGAGGUCAGGUUCUAUACAUGAACAAGCGAGCCCAGUCAACUACUCAGUCGAUGCUGGAUACACUGAACCUGAGUCAGAGCAAGAACACGUUCGACAUGGGCAGAUCGGCACGAGAGGACUCUGUCGCAAUCAGAGCGAUCACCCUGGUCACGUCAUUUUACCUCCCGUUUUCAUUCGUUGCGACCAUGUUUGGCAUGAACCUCGUCGAUUUCGACUCGGAGUCUCGCAACCUUGUGCUCUCGAAACAGCUCUGGCUUUAUUUCGUCAUAUCAGUUCCUUUGACUGCUUUGACGCUGGCUUGUUGGAAGUGGAGAAUGCGGAUGUAUCGCGAUGGCGACAUGGAUGAGGAGGGAGGGUCGACAGUAAAGGUGGGGCCGCGGAAGAGUAAUUCAGAUAUUGAAAUGGGUCAGUAUUGA